AUGUCUGAAACUGUUGAAAAAUACUACUACUACUACCCCCUACUACUACGACUACUACUGCAACUGCAAGUGGAGCUAACACGGCGCCUACUACUACAACUACUAGUGCAACCAAUAAUAAAUGAUAAAUUAGUAGCCACUGCCAACCAUCGUAUCUUAUUAUCAUUAAGAGAAUCCGCAAGAAUCAUUGGGACUAAAGGUGUUACCAUUCAAAAAAUCCGUACUGAUAAUAAUGUCAAGAUUGGUAUUUCUGAUAAAGAACCUGGCUGUUCUGAUCGUAUCUUGUUAUGUAAUGGUCCUACGGAGAAUGUUGCAAAUGCUAUUGGAGAUAUCAUUGAUGUAUUAACAAAUGAGAAGUUUGAUAAUCAAUUGAUUGAUGAUGAUAUAUCUAAUGUUUCUAAUGGUCCUAAUUCUGUCAAACAUGUAUUCCAUUAUUUAAAUUUCAUUUUACCACCACCUACAGUGGAAGAAAUUAAAGAAAAUCCUGAAAAAAAUUUGAAAAACAUUGGUAAUUUAAGAUUAUUGGUUACUAAUAGUCAAUUAUCUGGUAUAAUUGGUAAGAAUGGGAACCGAAUCAAAUCAUUGAUUGAUAAUCAUGGUGUCAAGAUUGUUGCUUCUAAGGAUUUCUUGCCUGAUUCUGAUGAAAGAAUCUUGGAGAUUCAAGGGUUUCCUGGGUCUAUUUCCAAUGUUAUUGUGGAAAUCAAUUCUAUCUUGGUGAAUGAAGUUGAUAUCACAUUUGUUUCUGAAAGAUUGUAUUAUCCUCAUUCCAAGAAGAGAACUGGGAAUGGCCGUAAUUACCGUAAUUCUAAUUCAAAUCCAAAUUUAAAUGCCAAUGCUAAUAUCAAUACAAAGAAUAAUAAUAACAAUAAUAACAAUACUACUACUACUACUACUACCACUACCACUGCCAAUACUACAAAUAAUAAUAGUAACGAAAGCUCUCAUGCUGUUAAAGAUACUAACCGUCAAUAUAGUACGAUUGUUCGUAUUCCUGAACAAUAUGUUGGUGCUAUAGUUGGCCGUCAAGGGAACCGUAUUGCUAAUUUGAGAAAAUUCACCAAGACCAAGAUUUUAAUUAACAAGAGAGAAGAAGAUGGAGAAGAGACUGGCAAUGCCGAUGAAGGAGAUGAUGAAGAAGAACGUAGUUUUGAAAUCAUCAGUGAUCAUUUAAAGAAUGUCAAAUUGGCUGAGAGCAUGUUGUUGAAGAACUUGGAGACUGAGAUUCAAAGAAGAAACGAGAGUAGUACUAAUGAGAAGGAAGAGUAA